AUGGCCUACGACCCCCGACUGUCCAGUGCAGGCACUGCGACCGCUCCCUCCCCUCCACCUCCACCCCCACCACCCCCAGAAGCCAUGGGCGGAACAACAACACCAACAACCCAACCUCAACCCACCUCCACGCCGAACGAGGCCAACAACAACACGGUCGCAGAAUCGGAGUCCUCAUCUUCCUCCUAUAAACUCCGAUUCUGCACCGUAUGCGCCUCCAACCAAAACCGCUCCAUGGAAGCCCACCUCAGGCUCUCCACAGCGUCGAGCCCUUUCCCUGUAAUCUCCUUCGGGACGGGCUCUCUAGUCCGCCUGCCCGGACCCUCAAUUACCCAACCCAACGUCUACAACUUCAACACAACCUCCUACUCCCAAAUGUACGACGAGCUGCUCUCCAAAGACGAGCGUCUGUACCGCAACAACGGUCUCCUGAACAUGCUCGAGCGCAACCGUAACCUGAAAUGGGGCCCGGAGCGCUUCCAAGACUGGGUGCCGGGACAGCCGCGCGUCGAGCACGUCUCGAAGGGCGAUAAGGGCGCCCUAGGUACCGAAGGCGGCGUCGUCGAUGUAAUCAUCACCUGUGAAGAGCGGUGCUGGGAUGCCGUGGUAGACGAUCUCAUGAAUAAGGGGUCACCUUUGAACCGCCCCGUGCAUGUCUUUAACGUGGAUAUCAAGGAUAAUCACGAAGAGGCAUUAGUAGGAGGCAAGGCUAUCUUGGAUCUAGCGAAUCGGUUAAAUGAGGCUGCUUCGCAGGAGAGAAAGGCCAGUGGUGCCGAUGGAUGGGAGAAUGGAGUCGGUGAGGCGAGACGGAAUUUCGAUGCUCGCGUGCCUGAUAUUCUUGCUGAGUGGCAGGAGAAAUGGCCUCAUUUGCCGGCUUUGUGGACGCUCGCUUGGCUAUAG